CCCAGGGGCCGCGGCCGCGGGCAGCUCGGGCCCGCGGCCCCUCCGCCUCCAGUCUGGGAGCUCCCGGCCCCACUCUGCCAUUGCCUAUGGGGAUCCGAGAGUUUCCCGGCGGCGCACCCGGGGGCAAAAGCAUCGCCAUUGGCAUGAGGAGGUCGCCGGACGUCAGCCCCAGGAGACUGUCCGACAUCAGCCCCCAGCUCCGGCAGCUCAAGUACUUGGUGGUGGACGAGGCGAUUAAGGAGGAUCUGAAAUGGUCGCGCUCGGUGGAGGACCUCACCAGCGGGCCCGUGGGGCUCACGUCCAUCGAGGAGCGGAUCCUGCGCAUCACCGGCUACUACGGCUACCAGCCCUGGGCGGCGAGCUACAAAAGGGAGGAGCGCCCCCGGGACCCCCCGGGCCCGGCAGAGGCCCAGGCGCCGGUGGGGACCGACCCCGGCGGGAGACCGAGCCCUCGCUGCUGGAGAUGUUCCCAGGCGCAGCUCAAGAAGAUCUUCUGGGGCGUGGCAGUGGUGCUGUGUGUGUGCUCCUCCUGGGCCGGUGCCACCCAGCUCGCCAAGCUGACCUUCAGGAAGUUCGAUGCUCCCUUCACCCUGACGUGGUUUGCCACCAACUGGAACUUUUUAUUCUUCCCGUUGUACUACGCGGGACACGUCUGCAAGUCGGCAGAGAAGCAGUCGGUGAAGCAGAGAUACAGGGAAUGCUGUCGAUUUUUUGGAGACAAUGGCUUGACUUUGAAGGUGUUUUUUACCAAGGCAGCACCCUUUGGUGUUCUUUGGACACUCACGAACUACCUGUACUUACACGCAAUAAAGAAAAUAAACACUACGGAUGUCUCUGUAUUGUUCUGCUGCAACAAAGCUUUUGUGUUCUUGCUCUCAUGGAUCGUUCUCAGGGACAGGUUCAUGGGAGUGAGGAUCGUGGCCGCCAUCCUCGCCAUCGCUGGGAUCGUGAUGAUGACCUACGCGGAUGGCUUCCACAGCCACUCUGUCAUCGGCAUAGCCCUGGUGGUGGGCUCGGCAUCCAUGUCCGCCCUCUACAAGGUCCUGUUCAAGCUCCUCCUGGGCAGUGCUAAGUUUGGAGAAGCCGCCUUAUUUCUGUCCAUUUUGGGUGUGUUUAACAUCCUCUUCAUCACCUGUAUUCCUGUCAUCCUCUACUUUACCAAAGUGGAAUACUGGAGCUCUUUCGAUGACAUUCCAUGGGGAAACCUUUGUGGAUUUUCAGUCCUCUUAUUGACAUUCAAUAUUGUAUUAAAUUUUGGAAUUGCUGUUACAUAUCCCACUCUGAUGUCUCUUGGAAUCGUCCUCAGUGUACCUGUGAAUGCAGUUGUCGAUCGCUACACCAGUAAGAUCGUCUUCAACGGGGUCCGGGUCGUCGCCAUGGUCAUCAUCGGCCUGGGCUUCCUCCUCCUGCUCCUGCCCGAGGAGUGGGACGUCUGGUUGAUUAAGCUGCUCACCCGCCUCAAAGUGAGGAAGAAGGAGGAGGCGGCCGAGGGCGGCGCGGACCUGGGCUCGGGACCUCAGAACAAGAGCGGAAGGGCACGGCCCUCCUUCGCCCGCUGAUGGUCCGCCCGAGAACUCUGUGGCGACGCUCGCCUGGG